AUGGCUGACCGUGGAUGGGCAGCAUGUUCAUGGAUGAGCUAUUGGUGCGGUGCGAGUAACGAUUUUGGCGACUACGUCACGUAUGACGAGGACGGCGAACUGCCCGUAUACGAUGAUGUCGGCAGCUACAUAUUUUGCUACAAAAGCGAUGUCUGCUGA